AACAAUUCUAAAAUUUGAUACUGCCGAAGUUCUCACUCCAGCCCCAUAGCUUUAUCGGUCUAUCAUUGUAAACUCUUUUCUUCAUCCUCACCAAACACACUUGAUACUACAUUUGAUACUGCAUCAACUUCGGUGCUUUAUCCUAAUCCUAUCUUACCCCAACUUCACAGGCUUUACACACUAACUAGCUCCAUGACUUCCGGCCCUCCGUAACUCUCACUCUCGCACUCACGUUCACGCUUACGCUCAUAUUCGUUGUUGACGGAGAAAGUCCGAGAAAGCCCAUGCUGAUCUUUUACGCGUACACCGUUCGGCUCAAGGCCUGCUAGUAUACUCUGAAGUUGUAGCGAGCGAUACCACCGCAAAAAUGACCAAGUCGGACAUCGAACUCGACCCACUAUGGCAAAAUCUCGAUUGGGCGAUUGGCCAGAUGCUGAUUAUGGGAUGGGAUGGUACCGAAGUAACGCCUCAAAUUCGAAACCUCAUUGAGAACCAUCAUUUAGGUUCAAUUAUAUUGACAGCUAAGAAUCUAAAAUCCGCCGAACAAACUGCUUUGUUGGUUCAAGAGCUUCAAACAAUAGCUCACCAAGCAGGACAUCCCCAGCCGUUAUUGAUAGCUGUUGACCAAGAAAAUGGAGGUGUCAACAGUCUGUUUGACGAGGAUUACAUAUGUCAAUUCCCUAGCGCCAUGGGCGUUGCUGCUACAGGGAGCACAGAGCUAGCAUACAGCAUAGCAAAAGCUACAGCCACCGAAGUCUCAGCCGUCGGAGUUAACCUCAUUCUUGGUCCCGUCUUAGAUGUACUGACCAAUGCUCGGCAUCAACCUCUCGGAGUUCGAGCUACUGGUGACGAUCCGCAAGAAGCUUCACAAUUCUGCAUCGCUGCCAUCAAUGGAUACAAAGAUGCUGGUGUGGCUACCUGCGGGAAGCACUUCCCAUCUUACGGGAAUAUCGAUUUCCUCGGGUCUAGUUUGGACAUGCCUAUCAUUACUCAGACUUUAGAAGAACUCAACCUCAGCGCUCUUAUACCAUUUCGAAAUGCAAUCAGUGCAGGACGCCUAGAUGCCAUGUUCGUCGGCGGGGUUGGGAUCCAAAGUGCUGGAAUGAACGUCAUGCACGCCUGUCUUUCCGACCAAGUCGUAGAUGACCUCCUUAGAAAUGAGCUUGGGUUCAAGGGUGUCGCCAUCUCGGAAUGCCUCGAAAUGCAGUCGCUUAUACAAGAGUAUGGUGUCAAGGGAGGGACCGUGAUGGCUGUGGAAGCAGGCAACGACUUGGUGCUUUUAUGCAGGGCGCAUGAUGUACAACUGGAAGCUAUCUCUGGGCUGAAACUAGGUUAUGAAAACGGCAUCAUCUCGAAAGACCGGAUCCAUACCUCUUUGAAGCGAGUGUUGAGGAUGAAAAGCGUGUGUACGUCUUGGCAGAAAGCUCUGAACCCUCCUGGGCUUCCUUUGCUGUCCAAGAUACACCCCUCACACCUUGCACUCUCAAGGAAGGCUUAUGAUCACUCAAUUACAGUUGUACGGGAUAAGGACAACUUACUUCCUCUAUCGCAGAGUCUACUCCAAGAAGAGGAGCUUUUACUGUUAACACCCCUAGUCAAGCCAUUACCUGCCUCGGCAGCUACUAAAAGCUUGUUGGAGAAGGGAACUAAAGGGAAUCCCUCCUUACACGAAAGAUGGAUUCAUCAGGAACGUGGUGCGAUCAUGAGCGGAGAGGGCGUUUUUCGAGAACUAGGUCGAUCAAUAGCUCGGAUGCGCAACGGUAAACUUCUUCACACAUCGUAUACUGCGAAUGGACUCCGGCCAGUGCACGAAAAUCUGAUUAACAGAGCAUCAGCGAUCAUCAUAGUAACUGCUGACGCUAACCGAAACAUGUACCAAACUGGAUUCACAAAGCACGUAGCCAUGAUGUGUCACAUGCUUCGUGGUACGGGCCAGAAGAAGUCGCUCAUUGUAGUUGCAGUUAGUUCGCCGUACGAUUUUGCGAUGGAUAAAUCGAUCGGAACAUACGUCUGCACCUUUGAUUUCACCGAGACAGCCAUGGCAUCCCUUGUCCGUGCGCUAUACGGGGAGUUUACGCCUCAAGGGUCGAUGCCGGGGACGAUGAGGAAGAGCAAGAAGGUUUCUAAGACAAGACAGCAGUGGCUCGUCGAAAACUACGACCGCGAUCGAGACGUCCCCGCCCUCGAAGAGUUACUAAGAACCUUAGCCCGUUCCAGCACACCGAGUCUCCCGUAUCUCACAUCGUCGGCCCACUCAUUUGAGUUAUUCAACUCGCAUAUUGAAGAGGCGCAUUUUGUCGUUCGGAAUAGUAGCACAAAAACGUUGUACGGGUUUGUGGCUACAUAUUACACAAAAGGUGUUGGGGCUAUCGGCGCACUCUUUGUCGACCCGGCAAAACGAAACGUAUCGAUUGGAAGAUCACUACAUCGUCGUGCGCUACGAGCAUUACUUCAGAAGCAAGGGAUCAAAACGAUCCAACUAGGGCUUACAUUUCCAGGAGUAUUUCCAGGUGUACCUGUUGAUGAAAGUGGGAGCAACAAGAGCUGGUUCGACAACGUGGGAUGGGACACGCAGUUUCCUAAGCGACUAACGAACAUGAUUAUCGAUGAUCUCGGCGCUUGGACGCCACCUGAAGGUCUUUUACAGAGUAUACAACGAGCGAGCAUUAGCUUCGACCUAAUCCACGGACUCGACAACGCUGAAUCAGUACUGAAUCAUGUAGCAACGCACGCGGGACCCGAAGUCGUAGAGCUCUACAGAUUUGCGCUUCAAGAAACGAACACGAGCGGAGUAGUGAGAGCCAAGAACGCAGUUGAUAAUCUGUUGGGAACAGUUAUUAUUUGCACAGCAGCGAGCCGGCUGUCGACAUAUAUCCCCGCGCUUCAUUCUAUUAGUGGGGGAGAUAUUGGUGGCAUUAUUGCCCCGAUCAUUCCCUCGACGGCACAUUCUAGAUUGAUAUUGCAGGGACUGGCAUUUAUGGGCGUGAGACAAAACAAGGCGCACAAAUCAGCGAAGAGUGUGCUCAGUUGGGUUCUCGACGAGGCGCAUGAACCUCUAGUAGCUAUGGGUUUCGAAGUUCAGCAAACGUUUGACGAAAUUACAAAUUCGCCGGAGAACUGGUCUGACCUUAGUUGAACAAUUACCUUUUUGGGGGUGACCAGGGCACAAAAAGUUAUCGAACGAAUAUUAAAUGAAUGAAUGAAUGAGGUCCUUCACCGAACUGUACGUUUUUGGGUACCCCUUUUCCCCUGAAGAAAAUGGAAUAGUGGAUUGGAGGUGGGGGUCUGGAAGUGCAAUAAUGUUUCUCUGCUCCAACAAGAGUUUCGACACACGUUUCUGGCCUAUGUAUUUUAUUUUUUUUAUAUAUUCGGGGUGAGCGAGCCGGAGUUAGUGGCAAUGGGAUCGUGAUUUUGACCAAUCAAGAAUUGAAUCUUGUUCAGAUUUUGAAUCCUAAAACGCACAAUUACCGAUUGAGUUUUGAGCCCCCGUCGUCGUCGUAGACCGUAAGCUGUAGGCUGUCCC